AUGGCUUCUGCUUCAACACAGAUUCGCAUGCUAGAUUUGGUGCUUAAGUUAUUGCCAGGAGAUUCCAAGGAGCCUCAAACUGCUCGCAUCCUGCUUUACAAGUUGUUCUAUGACCAGACUGAUCAAGGAAUGAUUCAGUUCCUCCUGGGCCUGAUCAAAUCAUUUGACACACACAAACAAACCAAAAGUGAUCUUGCAGAUCUGGUAGAAAUGAUUCAUGUAAUUGUAAGGCUGAUGGAGAAUCUUCAAGCACGUGGCACCUUAAGAGUUUCAAAGAAGUCUAGGAGAAGUAGAAAGAAGAAAGCACAGAAUGACAAGAAGGAAAAUGGAAAUGGAGAGUGCAAAGUUGAAGGCACUACUGAGGAUCACACUGCUCUGUCUAACAGUGAACAACCAACUGAUUUGCAAAAGAAAAGCCUGGAAAAUGCAACUUCUGAUGAUCAAGAAAACAUGAAUAUUGCUGUUCCUGUUGAAAAACCUGAGAUAUCUGCACCAGAGAUGGAGAAUAUCGGUAGCAAUUUGCAGAUGGAUAAUAAAAAGAAUGAUAUUGAUGAUCUUUCUUGCAGCUCUGAUGAUUCUUCAGGCGAUGAGCAGCCUGCUGAAAAUCAUGAAGUUGAUUUUAAAGUCUCUACUUUUAUAUCAUCUUUAGCAAACCACAACAUUAUUCAGAAUUUGUGCUGGUUGCUUAGGUUCUAUAAGAACAAUUCCAUCAGCACAAAUCACUACAUAAUACGCAUGUUGCAGAGAAUCACUGACGACUUGGAUCUCUCUCCAAUGCUAUAUCAGUUAUCACUCCUCACAACAUUCUAUGACAUUCUGGAAGAGCAAAAGUCAUGUCCAUGCAAGGAAUAUGUAAAUAUUGUUGAUUUUCUUACAAGUUUGGUCAGAAGAAUGCUAAGGAAAAUGAAGAAUCAGCCCCUUCUUUUUGUGGAAGUUCUCUUUUGGAAAUCCCGGAGAGAAUGCCAUUACAUAAAUGCUGAAUAUAUGUUGCAUGAGCUUGGUCAUUUGAAGAAAGAAAGUGCAGGCUGGGGAAAUGUUUCACCAAGCGAAGAUAUUGGGUCAUCAGAGGGGAAGAGAUGGGCUUCUAGAAGCAUAGCAGAUGCACUGGGUGAGGAUGAAGCAGAUGCUGUGAUCACUUGUGAACCGAGAUAUCAGAAUGGAGGAGAUACUGCAGAACAUGAAAGUGUAAGCGUUCCUAGAAGAAAGAGAAGAUUUGUUUUGACAGAUGAGUUGGAGAUGAAACUAAAAGAUCUGUAUGAGAAAUUCAAAGACGAUGAAAAUUGCAGUCGUCUGAUUGCGGAAUCCCUAGAUCCUGAUGGUGAAGUUUCACCAGCACAAGUUAUCAACAAGCUCAAGCAGCUAGGACUGAAAGUUGCAUCGAGGAAAAGGAAACGCCCUGUUGAUAGUCCAUUUUCUACUAAUCCUGAUCAACUUGGUGAGAAUGGAGAGAAAAUUGAAAAAGAAAGCAAUCUUCGCAAUUCAAUUGAUUUAGAGGGAAGUUUGCCAAGGCUGUUCAAACACCAUCGAAGAUGCAGCUAUAUGAUUGCAAAUGCAUUGGCAUCCGAUAAUUCAUUCACAGCUGCCCAAGUUUCCAGAAAACUCAAGCAACUUGGUUUACGUGCUACUCGGCAGAAGCAGUCUGAGAUAGAUAUGCAUCUCAGAGAUGAGGAACUGAAUGAUUUUUCUGUUGUAGAACAAGAUUCUGAUGAUGAAACACUCAGUAAAAACAAGGACAAUGGAAGAUUAUUUGGUGAUGAGUUGCCAGGCCAGAAUUUUGAAGGAAAAUCAUCUAGUGAUUCUGAUGAUGAACUCCUAUGCACUUUUCUCAAGCCUCAAAGCAAUGCCAGUGGUAGAUUGUUUGCUGAGGAACGGAAUAACGAAGUAGAGUUUUCUGAUGAUUCUGAUAAAGAACCCUUAAGCUCUAAAAUCAAUAAAACCAAGAAGCUCCUUUCAAAGGUGAAAGGUGAAGAGCUCAGAACAUUGUCCACUGAGAGUAAAAUGGCUGAUGAAGACUCUGGGGAUGAAGAUCUUAAUGAUCUAGAACAAAGGGACGGAGGCAGCGAGUCCACUGGGCAGGAUGCUGAAGGGAUUGAGGAGGAUAUUGUUCUUGACCAUGUCAGCAAGGAAGGUGCUUCAGAAGCUGAAGCAACUGACAGCAUAAGCAGAAAAUCAAAAGGUGUUGCACCAGUCAAUAAUGAAGAUGACCUACCAGAUCAACAAAUGGAUGAUGCAUUGGCAGACUUGGAGGAUGCUACUGCAGCUUCGGAUGCAGUAGUGACAAGUCCCACACGUAGAAGGAAGUUGAGAAUGGUCGUUGAUCUCGAGGAUGAUGAUUAA